AUGACAAGCAAAAGCCCAAACGCAAGAGAGUAAACUGAAUCUGAAGACGAUUUCAGUCUUCCCUCUACACUCACCAAGAAGAUAUUUUGUUAUAAUGACAUCAGGGAUGAAUCAUCACAGUAUUCUUUAUUCAGAAAGCCAAUAGAAUAACUCGUGAAUGAAAAUCCACAGUCCAUGAUUUAAAUGGAAGCUUAAAUGUAGAUGAGCAUGAUGAAUCAUCAAUCGAAAGUUAAAAUUGCAGAUAUUGGUAGAAAUAGAACACAGGAAAAUCAAAAUUUACAAACAAAUCUACUAAAUGAUUUUGCUUCCUACCAAUAAAACGAUCCUAUUCAGCAAACUACUGAAGGACAAACUCAAGAGAAUACAUACAACUCUCCUCUUAUUCGUUUAAACAUGAACAACAAGAAUUCUCUGAAUCAAUAAUAGUAAUAAGUCAUUAAUACCAAGCAAAUUGAUCAGAGACAAGCCUUGCUAAAGUUCAAGUCUCAUGACGCCAGUAGUAAUCCAUAUUAACAAUAAUUUGAAGAUAGUUAAUAAUCAACUGAUGCUACCACUGUUUUUGGAAAACUUCAAAAUUCAAACUAAAGUAACGAGUCUAUGAUCUCAAGAUAGAUAGAUCAAUAUAACAAUCAGACAAAUAACGAUACUGGAACUUACAAUUACGGCCCAACUUAAUUUGGGAAGCAAAGUGAAUUUUAGCCUGUAUAUGAUCAGCACACAUAUGGUCAGUAAUACUAUGCUUAACCUGAGUAACAGCAAUUCUAACACCAAUAAUAAACUCAAUUCUUUGGAAGCUAAAGAUCCUUAAACUCGUAGUCCCCUAUUAAAUAGCAAUUUUUGGAUCCCCAGUUCCAACUAAAUAGGAAUUAAAUCACAGCAAUUAAUUAAUCCUCUCCUGCUCUCAAUUAGGACUUCAAUUAAGGAUAUUACAAAUCACCUUAGCAACUUUCAAAUAAUUUUAUUCCUGGACAAGGAACUUAUCAGAAUUUUCAAAAUCAACAGACAGCCAUUAGUUCUAAUUAAAACUUAUAAUAAAAAAAGGAUCCUUAAUUCUUUUUAGCAACAGGGUCAAGCAAUUAAAUGCACAUCUAGAGAUCUUCACCCUAAUAUCAGUAUGCUUAAUCUGAAUAAUAAUUACUGGGUCAAUAGCUAAGCACUGAGAUGCCACAGAUCAACCUAGCACAUCAAGAUAGUUCCAGUUCAUAAUUAAGCAACCUUACUGGAUAUAAAACCCCAGUCUUUUAAAGUGCAAACUCUCAGUUUGAAGAACAACAAAAAUAACUGAUAUCAGGCUUUGAGGGCAUAGAGCUUAACAAUUAAUAAGCUCAUAAAUCUCAGCAGAAUUUACAGCUAUAACAGCAGUAACAAGUACAGUAAGUCACCUUUAAUCAAGAAUAACAGUAAAAGUUUUUAAGUGAUGCGAAUCAAAGACAGUUUUCACAGACUUCAGUUACUACAAUCCCAACAACAAACCCUCCCCCAGGUCUUGAAAAUGUCAUACCUAAUCCUAGAAACAAUAUUCAAGCCCAAGAAUAGAUCAAGUAAUCUAAUUCCCCUCAACUAAAUCAUUCUCCUAAUCCGCCAAUUUAAUAUGCACCAUAAUUGGUUAAUCCAAUUCUGGGAGCUCAACUCGGAUCAUCUUCAAAUACCAAUCAAGGUAUAGUUUACCCUCCUAUGAUUUCAAAUAAUGUGCUCAUUGACUAGAAUGAGUCAAUCUUAGUUAAGAUAAUGUGUAAUUAUGAAGAAGCUACAAACUAAUCUCAGAAGCUCAACUCACUUAAGGGAAACGUUAUCAAGCUUUCAAUCAAUUAAACUGGAAGCAAAUUUCUCUAAAGACUAUUAGAUAAUGCUAAUCCUCAAAUUGUUCAAUUUUUGCUUGAUGAAAUUCAGAGUCAUUUACCAAUGGUCAUGAUUGAUAAUUAUGGGAAUUAUUUCUGUUAGUAACUAUUGAUUAACUGCUCCAGCAGCCAAAGAAUGCAAAUUCUAGAGAGAAUCGCUGUCGACUUUGUUGCGAUUUGCUGUAAUAAGAAAGGCACCCACACAAUCUAGAAGUUUAUAGACCUAGUAAAUUUAGAAGCUGAAGAGAAAUUCUUUCAGAGGGUGCUUGCAGGACAUGUGGCAUUUCUAUCUUUUGUAAGUCCCUAUUUUGUUCUAAUAAGUAUACUAUAGGAUGUACAAGGCACCCAUGUGAUUCAAAACAUUAUCAAAUGCUUUGAAGAGUAAAAGAGAUAAUUUGUUUUCGACGAAAUCUACGAUAAAUUCGUAGAAUUGGCUACCAACAAUUCUGGUUUAUGUGUAGUUAAAAUUAUUAUUUCCAAGACUUUCAAGCAGGAAAAUAGAUAAAAGUUAAUGAAAAAAUUAGUUUCAAACUCCAUUGAGCUAGCCUAAAAUCCCUAUGGAAACUAUGCUAUUUAGUAGGCAUUUGAAAAUUGGGAUAAGGAACUCUGCCAGGAAAUGAUACCCUAAUUCAUAGGAAAGGUAUACUAAUUAAGUAUGCAAAAAUGUUCCUCAAAUGUAAUUGACAAGUGUAUUCAAAAUUCAAAACCAGAAUACCUUUAAAAAAUAAUGCAAGAGCUUAUAAAUUGCGAAAGACUAAAUAGUAAAUUUUAUUUUCAUCUGACCCUUUUAUUAGAUUUGAUAAUGAACUCAUAUGGUAAUUUCGUUGUUCAGAAUGCUUUGAAGUAUGCAACUCUAGAGGACAGGACUAAGCUUUCUGAAUAGAUUGAGAAGAACAUUCCUAAUAUUACUGAUGGAAGAAUUAAGUAGAAGUGGAUAGCACUUUUAAAGAAAAAGAAUCUAGGAGAUCUUAAAGGACAAUUUAUUUCAGGAGAUAGCGAGGGAUCUGAGUCAAGUCAAAGAGGAAAUAAUAGAAGACCACCUAAUAAUGCUAAUGAAUUUCCAAACAACAAAGGAGGAAAAAGGAUUCCUGGUCCACAAAUUUAAGGACAGCAAAUGAGUACCAUGCCUCCUACUACAAGAUAGGCCCCUCAGUACUUUAAUCCAGCAAUGAUGCCUCCUCCAAAUCAAGCCUAACCUCAUUAUAUGAUGCCCUCAUAUUAUAAUGCUCCUGUGUACUAAUAGUAGCAAUACAUGAUGAAUAAACAACCUCAAAAUUAGAUGAUGGGUGGUUACCUUGUAAAUCCUUAAGGAUACAUGAUGUAGCAGUAAUAUCAUCCCCAAAUGAUGGGAUAUUAGGCUCCAAUUUAGAUGCAAACUCAAUAAUAGAUCGUUCCUCCUCAAACAUAAUAUGAUCCCUUAGGUCUAAAUGAUCAGGGCUUCCCUAAAAGACAGCAAAUGGCAUCCCCACAUCACUCUCACUAAUAGUAACAUAUACAGUUCUCACAAACAAUGUAACAACAAACCUCUCAAGUGUAAUUAAAUUAGUAGCAAUAGUUCAUGCAGUAACAAUAACAACAAUAAUAGCAAUAACAACUCCAAAAUCCUCAAGACUAUCGAAGAUACUAGUAAUAAUGA